AUGAGUACAUUUUCGACUGCAAAAACUGAAGAAUUUCGACAUGUGUUCGAAUUAUUCGAUAAGAAUGGUGAUGGUAGUAUUGAUGCAAAUGAAAUAGGACAAGUAAUGCGAUCAUUAGGAUUAAAUCCAACGAAUAAAGAAAUUACAGAUCUAAUUGCUGAAGUAGAUAAAAAUGGUAAUCAACGUCUAGAUUUUCAAGAAUUUAUUGCAUUUAUGAGUAAACAUUGGCAUGAACGUGAUCAAGAAGCUGAAUUACGAGAAGCUUUUCGACUUUUUGAUCGAGAUAAUUCAGGAUAUAUAACUAUUAGUGAAUUAAAACAGGUUAUGCUUAAUAUGGGUGAAAAAUUAAAUCAAGAAGAAUUAGAAGAUAUGAUGCGAGAAGCCGACGUAAAUAAAGAUGGUAAACUUGAUUAUCAAGAAUUUGUACAAAAACUUCUUUCUACUUCUUGA